UGAACGGCAUUUCAAACAAAGACAGGACGCUUAAAAAGAACUAUUCUUUUUUUUUUUUUUGUCUGCUGCAGAAACAGAAGGAACCAAAUAAGGGAAGUAAAUAGCGGGGAAAAGAGUUACUUCCCCUCGCAGCUGGCGAAACCAUCUUUAGGUUCUGUUACAUUGUACAUUUAGCAAGAGGUUCGUAGUUAUUCUUCAGUACAGCAAACAUCGAUGUUUUCAUCGAGAUUUUGUGAUCGAGAAGAUAUUCAAAAAAUUUCACAAGUCAUUUCAGAUGAAAUUUCUUAUGAUACAACAGGAAAUUUGUCAGAUUUCGAAACUACAGACAAGUAAUGAGGGAAACAUGUGACUGUGUUUGCUUUUCUUUGAUUAAAAUGUAAAAUAUUUCUCCUGAAUUGCAAUUUAUAGUAAAGAAAGAAAGAAAACAAAGAAAAAAUUGAUGCCAUAUUCCAAUGUCAACUAGAUGAUUUUGCAAACUUGAAAAAUUCAGUAAAUAGCUUCAGGUACAUUGUAUGCUAACUCUUUCAUAUCUAAAAUUAAAUUGAUGAGUGGAGCAAGUUUAGCAUAUCUUUGUGGGAAAAGUGUUGAAAGACCGGAGAAGCAAAAGAGAAUAUCAUGGAAGAAAUAUCAUAUGAGAAUCAAUUUCUUGGAGAAACACAGCUAGAAAAUAUUGAUUUCUCUCAAGAGAAACAGGAGGAGGUACAGAAUAAACCCUACUGCAGUGAAAUUUUUACGACAAAAAGUAAUUUAAAGCCAAAUAAAUUUCCUCACUCUGGAUCAAAGUUUUAUCAAUGUAAAGAAUGUGGCAAGAAUUUUACAAGAAACAGUUCUUUAUAUCGGCACCAACUUAUUCAUACAGGAGAGAAGCCAUACCAUUGUGAUAUCUGUGGUAGAAAGUUUUCACGGGAGAGCAGUUUACGUACGCAUAAGUAUACUCACACAGGUGAUAAGCCAUUCCACUGUGAUGUUUGUGGCAAAAAGUUUACUGGAAGUAGUGAUUUAACUUACCAUAAACGAACACAUACAGGAGAAAGGCCAUACCAGUGUGACAUCUGUGAUAAAAGAUUUAUUGCAAAUAAAGAUUUGUCUCGGCAUAAAUUUAUACAUACAGGAGAGAGACCAUAUCACUGUGAUAUCUGUGGUAAAUCAUUCACUCGCAAUAGCAGUCUAUAUAAACACUUACAUAUUCAUACAGGGGGGAAUCCAUCAUUCCAGUGCAAUAUUUGUGGUAAAGCAUUCUUGGACAAUACCCAUUUAACUCGCCAUACACGUACUCACACAGGAGAAAAACCAUACCAGUGUGAUAUCUGUGAUAAAGCAUUUUCUGGAAGUAGUGGUUUAUUUUCUCACAAACGUAUUCACACAGGAGAUAAACCAUAUCCUUGUGAUAUCUGUGGUAAAUCAUUCUCCACUAGCAGUAAUUUAAAUAGCCAUAAACGUAGUCAUACAGGAGAGAGGCCAUACCACUGUGAUUUCUGUGAUAAAACAUUUUCUAUGUGCUCUAGUUUGUCUAAUCACAAGCAUAUACACACUGGGGAGAGUCCAUACUGCUGUGAUAUAUGUGGUAAAACAUUCUCUACAAAAAGCCAUCUAAAUAGACACCUGCAUAUUCAUACUGGAGACAGCUCUUCAUACCAGUGCAAUAUUUGUAGUAAAACUUUCUCAGAGAGUACAAAUUUAACUCGCCACAUACGUAUUCACACAGGAGAAAAACCAUUCCGCUGUGGUACCUGUGAUAAAACAUUUACUAGUAGUGCAAGUUUAUCUUACCACAAACGUACUCAUACAGGAGAGAAGCCAUAUCACUGUGAUAUCUGUGGUAAAUCAUUCUCUGUCAGCAGUAAUUUAUAUACCCACAAACGUACUCACAUGGAGAAUCAGAACCACUGUGAUAUCUGUGGCAAAUCAUUUUCUGUAGCUAAUAGUUUAUAUGCACAUAAGCGUACCCACACAGGUGAGAAACCAUACCAUUGUGACAUAUGUGACAAAUCUUUUUCUGUGAAGUGCAGUUUAACUAACCACAAACGUAUUCACACUGGAGAGAAACCAUACUCUUGUGGUGUCUGUGGUAGGACAUUUUCUAGGAGUAGCUUUUUGUCUACACACAAACGUUUACAUACAGGAGAGAAGCCAUAUAGCUGUAAUAUCUGUGGUAAAUCAUUCUCUGCUGCUAGUGGCUUAUAUUGCCACAAAGGAACUCAUACAGGAGAGAAACCACAUCGCUGCAAAAUCUGUGGUAAAUCCUUCUCUUCUGCUAGUGGUUUAUAUUGCCAUAAACAGACUCACACUGGAGCGAAGCAACACUGAUGUGAUAUCUGUGAUAAAACAUUUUCUAUGAGCUCUAGUUUAUCUAACCACAAACAUUCUCAUACAGGGGAGAAACCAUAUCAUUGUGCGGUUUGUGGUAAAGUAUUUACCCAUGACAGUUCUUUAUACCGUCAGAAAAGAAUUCACAGAAUGGAGAAAUAAUUGAAAUAUACAAUAAAAACUCUAUGGAAACAGGGAACAGAAAUACUGCUGUCUGACUGUAGACAUAACCUGUAUGUCAUUACACACCAUAAGCUACAUAUGGAUAUGUUUCUAUACAUUAUUUAUUGCAUUAGUAUCAUUAACAUGUUGCUAUAAUGUACCAAUAAAUUUUUUACCAUUUUGU